UCUGGCGGCGAGCGAACGCUCUGGAGGGUCCCUGGGAGCCUGGGAGGGGUCUCUUGGGGCGUGGAGGGGAGCCCCCAACACCUGUGCCCCGGCCUGCGUUCAUACUCCCGGGCUGCCUGGGAGCGCCCCGGUGCCCGCGUCCCUCUUUCCCACAGUGAGGGACGCCCUGGCUGCUCACCAGCCUCGUGCUCUCCCUCUGUGUUCCAGGCACGGCGAUGGCGGCAGGUCCCUGGCAGCUCCUGGAAUUGUGCGGGCAGAGGCUGUCCCGCUUCCUCGGCAACGCCCAGCUCAAGCACCUGGCCUGGCUGCGGGAGGUGGAGGAGCAGGGCAUGAGGAUGCUCAAGAGCAGCUUCAGGGAUGAGCCCAUGCUCUUGCCCAAAACGCCGUCGCAGCGGAGGAAGCUCAGGAAAAGGCAGUCCUCUUGGGUGAGGGAGGAAAACAGGGAGCUGAGCAGGAGGAGGUUAUCCCGAAGGAGGAGUGGUGUCAAGCUGCUGUCUUCCAGUCUGAAUUCUCAGCAGGGCCAGAACCAGGAGCAGCCCCAGAGCCCUGGCUGUAAGGGGCAGGAUGUAUCCAUGUCUAGCUGUGCUCCAGGAUGUCAGGCUGGUAUCACACCCCAGCUCCCAGCUCUGCUUGGGAAGCAGCCUGUGGAAGCACGAGUUCCCAUGGCAGAUCUGGAUUGCCAGGAGUGUUCCCAGGGUGCUGCUGGGGCAGAUGCAGCCCUUCCAGCAGUUUUGGAGGAGCAGCUGCAUGAGGGGGAUGCAGCAGUCGAGCUCCAGGAGGUCCCUAGUGUCCCUGGGAUCCCAGCUGAACAGCCAGGAAGGGAUGGGGAGCAGGACCCCAGGAGAGCCAGCACCUCCACUCCCAAGGCUGCUUGGAAUGGUGAUCCUGCUGCACUCCAAGGAGAUGGAUCUCCUCAAGGCCUUGAGACAUUGCUCUUCCAGGACUCCUGCAGUAAAAGUGCAAGAGAGAAAUCCAAGACACGCCGCUGGAAUGGGGUGGGUGCCCCCCGAAAGAGCCACAGGGCUUCCCUGGCAGAAGAGUGCUCCCUGGCCAGCAGGAGGGAGAACAUGAUCCGGAGAUCCAUCGGCAGGGCCGUGGCCAGGAAGGCAGCAGCACAAGAAUCCUCCUCAGCCUCCAGCAGAGUGAGCUGUCAGAGCUCCUUGGAGGCUUUUGUGGAAGAAGAAGUGACCAGCAGCACAAGGCCUGAGCUGGAGCCAAAUUCCCCGAGGGAAAAGGCUCAUGGAGAUGUCCUUGUUCCAAGCACAAGUCCCCGAGCUGCCAGCCCUCCUGCACAGCACCUGUCCCCUCUGGAGCAGCUGGCAAGGAAUGCUGCAGGAAGCCAUGUAAAUCUCGACAGUGAACCCCAGAAGAGCCAGGAGCAACCCCACUGUGCCAAGGCCCUGGAGAAUUCCCCCCGCAUGUGGAUGAAAGGCUGCAAGCAAGCCCUAGGUGUCCUAUGGCAUGGGCAGCAGACGGGGGGCCGGGUCCUUUCCCCUUUGGAUGAGAAGCACAAGACCUCAGCAAACCAGGCUCUGUCAUCCCCCUCUCCAGCCAGCAAGGCUGUCAGGCCACUGAAGAACUUCCUGCAGGGACAAGAGGGUGGCAUCAAGGACUUCAUCAGGCGCAACACUUUUACCCGGCCCCCGCUGAAGGGAGACUUUGUUGUAAGACUGAGGUUUUUCCUUCUGUACCUCUGCUUACAUUGAAUAAUUCCUGUUGCCAAAUAUGUGUUACCUCUUCUCCUCACUCCCCAUCCUGGUGUCCAGGAGAAGGAGAGGCAGAGACUGGAGAACCUUCGGAAGAAGCAGGAGGCUGAGGAACAGAGGAAGAAGAAAGUGGAGGAGGAGAAGAGACGGCGUCAGGCAGAAAUGAAGCAGAAGCGGGAAGAGCGGCUGAGGAAGGCCCUGCAGGCUCGGGAGCGUGCAGAACAGAUGGAGGAAAAGAAGAAAAAGAGGAUGGAGCAGAAGAUCCUGCAGAGUGAUAAGAAGGUGAAGGAAGAGAAGGUGGCAGAGGAACGGAACAAGAGAAAAGGGUCCAAGAAACACGGGGAAGCAGAGGCACGGAAACAGAAAGCCCUGAGAGGGGAGGAAAAUGAACAGCAAGAACCACUACAGAAAAGAGGAGAGGAUGAAGUGAAGGAAAGAGGGAAGACAGUCUUGGAACUCAAGAACCUUCUGGAGCAGCAACAGCUGGGACAAGUAAAGGAGAGGGAUCCCAAACAGCAAGGGAAGAAGAAGCCCCUCCAAGCACAGCAGGAGCCAGCAGCACUGGCUGGCAAAGCCGCCAAGGGGAAAGAAAGUCCUAAGGAGCUGCCCCAUGGGCCUGAGCUGGAGAAAAGAUAUGAGCCACCAGAAUCCUUUUUCCCAGCUCUUAACAUAUGGCUCCAAGCAGAGAGGGAGGCUGACGGUCAGCAGCAGCCGGGAGAGGGCAAAAAACCCAUUCAACCAGCAGCCCCUGGGACAUGGCCGAGCAAAGCCGUCAAGAAAUCCCUCUCCACAUCCUGCCUCGGGUCCUUGAAGGGUGGUCAAGGACCAGAAUCGUCCCCAGCCAAUGAGAACAACUACGGGCUGGAUCUGAACAGCGAUGACUCCACAGAUGAUGAGAGCAACCCUCGGAAGCCUGUCCCUGCCUGGGCUGAUGGGGCGCAGCUCCAGCAGGCCAUCGUGCACCAGUACUACCACCCGGUGGAUGUGGAUGCGCUGUUUGGGGCCAUCCCCAGCCCCAGGCUGGAGCACAUCUUCUACAAGAGCAAGCCCCGCUACUUCAAGCGCACCAGCUCGGCUGUGUGGCACUCCCCGCCCCGCCCCUCCUCCGGCCCCUCCUGCACCUUCCUGAGCUGAGCCAAGGCACUGAAAGGGGCUUCUAGGGACUGUUCUACUCACCCUGCACUUACGGUUUUAACUUUAUUCUUCUUUUGUACAGAAAUAAAGUUGUUUAAUGAUGUCCAGC